AUUCUAUAAUAAUCUAUGAAAUCUCGAUAAAUUAGAACAUACCGAAGUAAUCGGUAAUAUUAUUGUUAUUUAAUAAUAGUAAAUAAGUAAGACAACUAACCUCUAUAAUAAAUAAAUAGUAGCUAAGUGUGUAUUAAGAAGUGCCUAGUAUCAUUUUUUUAUACACUUUUUGAUUUUGUUUCCUGGUACGUGUAUAGAACCUUAUAAAAUGGCUAAGAAGAAAAGUUUAAAACGCAAAGUUAAGAAAACUGCAUCUGCAGUUUAUAAACAAGAUGUAGAUCAUAAACAAGACGAAGUAAAAUCUGAUAUUUCUGUAUCGAAAAUUACUCUUGAGCCUUCCAAUUCCGUGAGCCAAACUGUUUUAUUAAAACUAUGUAGAUUGUGUGAGAGCAAGGACGGGCCAUUUGUAGAAAUGUUUGAUGCAGAAACGGAACUAGCUAAGAAAAUUGAUGAUAUAAUGCCAUUUGUGAUUGCUGAAAAUGAUGAUUUACCUCAAAGAAUUUGUUUCCGAUGUUCAGCUAAAGUUGAAGAGGUGUAUGAAUUUGUACAAAGAUGUGUUAAAACUCAAGAGAAAUUUCAAGAGGCCGCAGGGAUAAAGGUAGUUCUAAAACGAAAACAAUAUAGUUAUCGAUCAGCUUGGGAGGACAAGUUAAAUGAACGUAAUAUUUCUAAUGAUGAUGUAUGUAAUGCUCUCAUUCUAAAGGCUAUUGAAGGUAUCAGGAAUUUACCUAUCAAACCUUCCGACGAUAAGUGUCUCAAAGAAGAUAUUUAUAAGAACAAAGAAGGUUCUAAAGAAAUAAAUAAGCCUAUUGAAAUUCAAGGAAGUGAUAAUAAAACUCAAUCCGAUUCCUCUGCACCAAAAAUUGCUGAAACACCUAAGGAUACUGAAAAGCAAGUUCUGAAAAUAAAUACAUUUUGUCUAGAUAGUGAUCGCCCUACAGAAAAUUCAGAAGAUGUUAAACCAUUCAAUAUUAUGGAUCACGUAAGCAUGAUUAAAGUGAAUGGCGUAGGUGUUUUAUUUCAAUGCAAGUUAUGCAAUCGUAAUUUCUUAAUAAAGGAAGUUGUAAUGAAUCACAGGUGUGCUAAAAACGGUGGCAAAAAGAUUGCAGAAGAAGAAAAAACAGUUGCGCCUCCGCCACCAAAAGUUCCUCUUAUUAAAUAUAUUAAUACUAAACUACAAACAGAAAUAAAAACAUCUGAAACAAAAUCCAAGGAAUGUUUAGGUAAAGUAAUCAAUAGCACUCCCAUAAACGUAGAUGAUGAUGAAGAUGACAAACCUUUAGUGCCUCAGAAGCCUAAACGUAAAAUAGGUCCAGCUAGCAAAAUAAGGCAACUUGAAAACUUACAGUCAGCUCAAACAUCAUCAGCUAAACAAGAAAAUCAAUUACUACAAUACACAUCUCAGAUACCUAGCCCGGAAACCUUAGUUGCGGCACCUACUGUUCAAAUGCCAAAUUCUGUACUGUACCCGAAUAGUCGAUUUAAACUUGUUCCAGGACCAAAUAAUUCCUUUAUGUUAGUUGAAGAUAAACUUGAAGAUAUUCCUGUAUCGGAAUCAGUAACCAACAAAUCAACUACUAUUGAAAAAAUCAAUAGUUUGCAAACAUUAACAAUUAAAAGUGGACCCAAAUCUAAAAGAACUACAAUAAAAACGAAUGUAAACCAACAGCAACCAUGUUCUACAGAACAGCCGUAUCCAGUACGAUUAAUCAAAUCCGGAGUUGCCUGUCAUUCCGAUUCUCUCUCAUCUUCUGAAACCACACCAGCCAAAAAACAGUCUUAUACAAUAGUUCAAACUGGUAAUCCCAGCAAAUUACUCAUAUCCACAAAAUCUCACCCAGCUGACGAGGUUCCCACUAAGAGAUUAAAGCAAACUGUAAGAGAGAAUUCAUUUUCUGGUCCAUCAGAGAAUACACAAAAAUGUUUCACAUUUAUAAACGUAGAUCCUACUACACAACCUUCUUAUGUUUUACCAACGGGGAGCAUAGUCCAAGAGUCUCAAAUAUCAACUUCUACAAUUAAAUCUAGCGGAGAUAAAUAUCCUUGUGAUAUUUGUGGGGAAAAAUUCUCUAGAGAAAAGAAACUGCAAAGUCAUAUACAAUCACAUUACAAUCAACUUGAUGAUGAGGAUCAGAAAAGAGGUUCCAUGAAAAAACGAAAAUUAAAGUCGUAGGUUAGGGAGAAAUAUUGGACUGAGUAAUAAAGUGUUUUCGACACAGUUUGAAGCCCUGUAGAACGGAUACACCUUUGAGGGAAUAGAUGCAUACAGCUUCUAUUCCCUCAAAGGUGAAACACCCGAAUACUUUGUUUAUUUUAUUAUCUACUAUACUGUUAAAUUAUAUUACAUUUUUUGUAAAGUGCAUUUAAUAA